ACUCGAAUCGGUGAAAUAUCUACCGACGUUCUUAGAGACCUUGGCGCCACCUAUGAGCGACCAUGGGCAUCUGGCUUUGUCCUAGGAUUAUGGGAUAAUCUUGGGUUAAUCUAAUUAUUUGAGUGUUACACUUGAAACAUAACGCUGCUUGGACAGGUACGACACCAACAGUCGGGCGGACACAGUCAGGAUACCUGGAGACUCAAUUACAGGUGCUGAUUAAAACUGGAAGUGAUCACGUGGACGACAUUAACCCCGCAACUACUGCAAACGUCUUCAUCCGCUGUGUCGCCUGACUGUUGACGUGUCUUGACAUUUCUGGUGACAAUACGUCUGCAUCAGCUGAACGUCUCAUCACGUCUACUAAACAUCGUUAACUGAUGAGUGUGGCGACUCAGAUCAAAGGUCAAUGGACUCUGUUGACCAUUUGAGAAGGCCGUCCACUAGGGAUCGAGUGCGCAAGGUAUCUAAAUCAUCAACUCCAUCACUUACAAAACCGCCUCCGACGAUGUUGAUUUUCGGCCUCUAUGAGGGAGACCGCGUGACCUUGGACGUCCCGACCACGUGUUCGGUGCGUGAGUUGAAGCAGAUGAUUCAGGAGAGGCUGAACAUCCCUAUGGAUGUGUAUCGUCAUGAUAAGAAGAUCCUGGUGUUGACGUAUGCUGGGGCGGAUCUCGGGGACGACUGGAUGUUCUCCGACCUGGGCAUAGUCCCAGGGACGACUGUAAGGAUCCAGCUGAAGGAGGAGGUGAAGCCUGUGCUGUUCAUCAACUGCUCCCACAACAACGAAACCAUCCACGUGGUCGACACUCUCACCAUCGGCCAGACACCUAUUGAGGAGCUCAGAUCACUAGCAGCGAAAAGAUCUGGGCUCCCGGUCAGCAUCUUCAGGUUGACCACAACGGACGGCAAGGAAAUGUACGAUGGUCACCGUCUCGAGGACUACGGCGUGGACACCGGCCACACCAUCAAACUCGACAACUGGGACGGCUGGAACGAGUUUCUCAAUCUUUGCGCCCUCGGCUUCACGCCUCAAGUCGUCGCCCAGAUCGCCCAUGAUGACGUCAUCGGUCGCUUCCAGAUGAAGGUUGCGCUCUUUGUGGCUGCUCACUGUGGUAACGUGGAUCUGGCUCGAUGCAUGUUGAGGUACGGCGUCCGGUGUGACGAGCCGAUUGGGGAGCAUCCACAACGGCAGUGGUGUAGCAACCUCUCGCACAUCGACAGUCUGAAAACGCCGGUGCACGAGGCCACGGAGAUGGGUCAACUUGGGGCACUGAGAAUGUUUGUAAAUCAUGACAUCACAUGCCUCAUGGCAAAAGAUGGCAAUGGGUUAGCUCCCUUGAAUAUAGCUCUCAGAAAGAAAGUGAAGAAUUGUGCGUCCUUCAUAUUGACAAAACAAUGGAGUAAGCUUACCUUCAAGAAGGAUAUAUCUUUAAACCUUGCGAUCUAUACCAAAAUAAAGCAGUGGUGUGACGCUGCGAAGGAAAAAGUUUUCAUCAAAUAUGGACAUUCUAAAUCUUCCCUUAAACGAAAAUUAUUUACAUCCGGGCCUUUGGUCGGCCAUGGCGUGUCAGUCGACGGGUUCUCUCCCAGUCCGAUGACAGGGAAACCGAAGGCUCAGAUUCUCAAAGAAAAGGAAAAACAUGGCUAUCAUAUUGAUUAUGACACCACCAUAGAUGCUGGUGACCCUGAAGUCUACUUCAGGCAACUUGGAGCAAUGGCGGCUUUAAAAUCUUUAGCCGAGAAGAAGACCAAAUGGGGGAAGCUUGCAGACAGAGUGAAGGUCAAGGAAACAGUAUCGCGUGCCAGUAAGGCCUUCCACAAAGACGGCUGCAGUGACGUUGAAGAGAAAUCGUUGUCGUCACGCUCACCGAUAACGAUGACACCGGAGACGAUGAAAAGAGAAACUCCCACCGGAAGUAUAGCGGCGGAAGAAGUUAAACUCCCUCCAAUUAAAGAAAAAGCACGACCAUUGAAGAUUCCUAGUCUCUCACAGUCUAACCUAAUGUCUGCUUGUAAGGAUGAUCAAAAAUCACUCAAAUCUGACAAUGAUUCUGCCAGGGACAAGGUUGAGAAGUUGGGGGGUAUCGGACGGUUAUUGAAGGGCAAGGGAGCAUAUUUCUUGCAGACAAAGGGAAGCAAACUGUCCAGUUCUAUGCCAAAUGUCCAUGUUCUCAACUCUGAGCGGAGUGAAACAAAAAGCAAAAUGGCCACUGAGCUGUCGGUCACGUCAGCGUCCAGUGUCACUGAUGAAGUUCUGAAACCAGACGACCUCUCAGACGGCAAGAAACGCAAGAAGAAAAACCGAAUGUCGUCCACCGUCCUGCUUUCAAAAGCUAAGUCAACGGAAGGAACCAUACCACUUCCCCUUGUCAGUACGGAAGUGGACCAGCGGCCAUUUUUCUACCUCAACGGCAUGAGAGAGGAGGACUUCAUCUUCCCCGUUAUCAACCUCGUCACGCGCAUGAAGGGAGGCACAGCACGUGAGCGUGCGCUUGAGUCCAUGUCUAUAGCGAACUCCUUUAAAGACAAAACGUGGCUGUCACAAGUUAGAAUGGCUUUAUCACUCACGUCUAAGUCCCUUAAAAGAAGCCGAAGUGACAGAAGAAACGUGGCGUCUUAAAGAGGUAGUAGGAAUAAUUGACAAUCUGACCAAGUUUACCUUUAUCCUUUCUAAAUCCUGCUCAACCAAGACUUAAGAUCUUGACCAAUUCAGUUGUUGAAUGGUAUUGUCUUUAUUACACAUAGAGGAUGUAGAAAUAACUGACAAUCUGACCAAGUUCAACUUUAUUCUUUCUAAAUCAUGCUUAACCAAGUCUUAAGAUCUUGACCAAUUCAGCAGGCGAAUGGUAUUGUCUUUAUUACACAUAGUCUCACUUUCACGCACGGCAUCCAUUACAACGUCUAGAUAUAUGUAGACCUGGCUGCCAGACAGUGAAAAAAGUCCUCCCUCAAAACUGAAUUAUUACAUUGUACCUGGGUCGAAAGAGUUACCGCAGAAAUGUUAUAGCGCCUGUCAGUCACGCGAGGCGCUACUUCCGGUACUAAGCUGGUUCCCGGCUCCCUUUGCGCUCGCUAACGUGCGACAUGCGAGCUUACUUACGGUACCAGAUUCCUGGUGACAAGCGUAUCUUCAAGAAUUAGUUCUGGUUACAAAUUGCGCGAACGCCAAAUAUAACUUUACUAGAUCGGACCAAGUGUACAACCCAUGUUU